AUGUCGACUUUUCCUCAGAACAACCGUACAUUCCAGAUUCUGGAUGCAGCAGCAAAGGGAGGCUAUGCUGUGGGUGCGUAUAACUGUUACAACGAUGACGGCGUGAUUGCUGUGAUUCGCGCCGCCGAGGCCACCAACUCUCCCGCCAUUAUCCAGCUCUUCCCCUGGACUCUCAAGUUCCAGGGCGAGCAUUUUGUUCAAUAUGUCAUCUCGGCUGCACAUGCUGCCAAGGUGCCUAUCGCUGUCCACCUGGACCACUGUAUCGAGCCCGAGGAUGUCGAAAAGGCCUUGACGCUCCCUUUCGACUCGAUCAUGGUCGACGCGUCGAUUCACGAACCUUCCGAGAACAUUAGACGAUGCAAGGAGAUUGUCCAACGCGCAAACGCAAAGGGUAUUUCCAUUGAGGCUGAAAUGGGACGUAUUGAGGGGGGAGAGGAUGGUCUUCCCACGGUCGAUCUGGACAUGAUUCUCACCACCCCACAGGAGGCUGAGGAGUUUGUUAGGGAGACUGGCGUUCAGUUCCUGGCUCCCUCGUUUGGAAAUGUUCACGGCCACUAUGGCCCCAAGGGCCCUGAAGGGUUCUGGAGACUUCCGCUGUUGAUGGAUAUUCACAGGGCCGUUCCCAACGUACCUCUUGUUCUCCACGGCACACACGGUGUUUCUGACGCGCUCUUCCGCACCUCCAGGCAGCACGGCAUGGUCAAGAUUAAUCUAAACAAAACCGUUCGAGACCCAUAUACCGAUUUCGUGGCGGAGAAGGCUGGCGAACUUGAGCUGACAAUCCUCAAGAUGAAAGGUGUGGAAAUCUACCAGAAGUCUAUAGAGAGAGUGAUGCAUGAGUUUCUCGAGUCGGCGGGUAAGGCUAGCUCUUGA